UGCAACAUUACACAACUGCAAGUCGAGCUGUUAUGCUGUACAUUUAUUAUUGCCAGCAGGUUACCCUUGACAUGGUUAACUGAUUUUUCUCAGUUGUCACCGACGCAGGUCAAUCAUUUAUGUUGCUCUACUUGAACUAAAUUUCCUAACAGAAACAUUUAGAAAUUCAAUGCACACAUCUUAGCAAGCUAUGAGUGCUAAAAAUAGUUCUUGUUUUGUGCCAGUAUUGCUUCUGUUAUGUUUCUUGAUGAGCUUUCACCUCACCUUUGGAGCGGACAGCAUAGUAACUAAUCAGGCUAUCUCUGGCAACCAGACCAUUGUGUCUUCAGGGGGAAAUUUUGAACUUGGUUUCUUCCAGGCAGGUAACUCAUCCAAGUACUAUGUUGGUAUAUGGUUCAAGAAGGUUUCUGAUAAAACUGUUGUAUGGGUCGCUAACCGAGAGAGGCCCGUCAUGGAUAAGUACUCUUCAGAGCUGAAAGUUGUGGAUGGUAACUUGGUGCUUUUGGAUGAGAAGGAAACUGAAGUUUGGUCCACAGAUACAAAUUUUAAGGCCUACGAUGUAGAAGCAGUACUUCUUGAUGAAGGAAACUUAGUGUUGAGAAAUGGAUCGAAGAGAACACUAUGGCAGAGUUGGGACUGGCCAUCUGAUACAUGGUUGCCUGGUAGUAAGAUUGGAUACAAUAAACGUACAAACAGGAAGCAGAUUCUUACUUCAUGGAAGAAUCCAGAAGAUCCAACUCCUGGAAUGUACACUUUGGAACUGGAUCCAAUUGGAAAUCAGUAUAUAAUCAGGUGGAACAGGUCCCAGCAGAUAUGGGCUAGUGGAGCUUGGAAAGGGCAGAUAUUUAGUAAUGUUCCUGAAAUGGGGAAAAAGUUUCUGUUUAAUUUUAACUACACAACUACUGAGACUGAGGUCUAUUUCACAUACUCUCUAAUAAAUACUUCACCAUAUAUUGCUAGAUUUAUUAUGGAUUAUACUGGGCAGAUAAAGCAACUCACAUGGUUGGAUAAUGUACAGAAGUGGUUUUUGAUUUGGUCUGAACCAAAAACACAGUGCGAAGUUAAUGCUUAUUGUGGAGCAUAUGGUGUUUGCAAUGCCAUGGUGUUUCCUGUGUGUGACUGCUUGCCUGGCUUCAAGGGCAGAUUUGAGAAAAGCUGGAGUUUGAGAGAAUAUUCUGGUGGUUGUGAGAGAAUUACUAAAUUAGAGCAUGGUGAGGCAAACACUGGCAAUUUGAAAGCGGAUAUUUUUGGUGAAUAUCCUUAUAUGAAAUUGCCUGAUAAUCCACAACUUGUCUCAGCUGUGAAUGCUACAGACUGUAAAUCCAUUUGCUUGAGCAGAAUUUCUUGCACUGCAUAUGCUUACUACGCUGAUGCCUGUUCCACUUGGAGAGGGGACCUCUUUAAUAUGCAACAGUUGGCUGGAGAUGACAUUAAUGGAAAAGUCAUCUACAUUCGGCUCCAUGCAUCCAAGCUCUCUAAAAAUAACAAGGGGAUUAUCCCUGGCGCUAUUGGAGGGUCGAUUGCAGUUGUAAUUGUCAUGGUAAGCCUUAUUUUGAUUGCAAUUAAGAAGCGGAAAUUAAGGAGAGCCACUGAAGCUGCUAAACCUGUAGAAGGCACAGUGGUGGCAUUUGGUUUUAAGGACUUGCAAACUGCAACAAAGAAUUUCUCUGAAAUGCUGGGCAGGGGAAGUUUCGGAUCAGUUUUCAAGGGAACAUUACCUGAUUCAACAGUCAUAGCAGUGAAGAAGCUAGAGGGCAUCAGGCAAGGAGAGAAGCAAUUCCGCAAUGAAAUCAGCACGAUUGGUUUCAUUCAACAUGUAAAUCUUGUGCAUCUUCUAGGUUUCUGUUCUGAAGGUAACAAGAAAUUGCUGGUGUACGAGUAUGCAUCCAAUGGAUCAUUGGAUUCCCAUAUUUUUAACAAGGAGAAAAGCAAAAGUACAUUAUCCUGGAGAGCAAGGUAUGAGAUUGCAUUAGGGACAGCGAGAGGAUUGGUUUAUUUGCAUGAGAACUGCAGGGAUUGCAUCAUACAUUGUGAUGUAAAGCCUGAAAACAUUCUUCUAGAUACUCAUAUGUGUCCUAAAGUUGCUGAUUUUGGUCUAGCAAAGCUGGUUGGGCGUGAUUUUAGUAGGGUUUUGACAACCAUGAGGGGGACUAGAGGGUACCUUGCACCUGAAUGGUUGUCAGGCGCAUCAGUUACAGCAAAAGCAGAUGUGUAUAGCUAUGGAAUGAUGUUGUUUGAGUUUGUGUCAGGAAGGCGAAAUGUGCAGCACACAAAUGGUAAAAUUAACUUCUUUCCAACAAGCGCUGCAAAAGUGAUAAUAAAUGGAGGCGACAUUCUUGGCAUAUUGGAUCCCAAUUUAAACCAGGUUGCUGAUGUAGAAGAAGUAACAAGAAUAUGUAGAGUUGCGUGUUGGUGCAUCCAAGACGAUGAAACUAUUAGGCCCUCAAUGGGCCAGGUAGUUCAAAUUCUUGAAGGAGUUUUAGUUGUAGACUUGCCUCCAGAUCCACGAGUACUUCAAGUCUUUCUUGACAAUGAAGAGGAUGUUGUUUUCUUCAGUGACGAGUCAUCGUCCACUGUCCAAAAGCAAUACUUUAAAAGAAAGAUCCAAGUUCCCCUGAAGACUCCAGGAUGAGGAUGCAUUUGAACAGUGUACUAAUUGUGUUCCCAUAGGUAAAAUGCAUGUGUUUGAGUAUAAGUAUCCAACACUAGCUAACUAGGUGUAUGCUUAUAGUGAUUUGGGUAGAAGUUCUAAGAAUUUGGUUAAACUAAAUGACAUUAUAAGUAUAUGUGAAGCAGAUCUGCAUGUGUACAUCCAUGAGUAGUGAGUAGUGAGAUUCUUGAAUUCCAGACGAACCAAAAGCAGAAAGUUCCUAGGUCUGAAGGUGGCGUUGAAAACAUCAUUUAGCCUGCUGCCCCAAGGGUACAUUGUACUAUCUCUAUGGUGUGUUUUUGUAGUAUAUAACAUGUGUAUAAAAAAGUACAAGGGAUGACUUAUUACAUCAUUUCAUUUUCUUAAACCUUACUCAUGUUAAUACUUUUCUCUGAUAAGAUACUUUUCUGCCUUCACUGCAAUAAGCUUGUUUAUAUGCAAGGUCCUGAACUGAUAAGUGCUCUCCGGCUAUCCCCCACUUGUAUAUUUGAUUACAACAAGCAGACCUUUGCGUGCAUAUUGACUGUGGCGUCGGGUAGCAUUUGAUUAAGUUGUUGAAGACUUAAAUACUGCAUAGAUUCCAGAUGCGCUGAUUGCGGUGAAUAAAAGAGUUGGAUACAUGUCAUAUUAGUACAUGAUUAUGACAGUCUUUUAUUGAUGGUUAACACCAGAAGGGCCAUCUUCAUAACUUUAGCUUAUUGGAAUUGAAUUAUACCAGAGUUCUAGCAUUGUACAACUAGCAGAGUCGCAUUCUGGUGCAAGUAAAAAUGAUCAGUUUUAUUGAAGAUAGUUCGAUUCUUCUAGGGGUUUGAAAGUGAAUUUGCCUCCAGAUCAUUAAGGCUGUUAACUCUCAAGUUUGAUGGACAGUUUAGAUGAUACUGUUUUUACUGAUGAGUCACCCUGAAGUUAUUCUGUGUCCAAAAUCGGUAGAUUAGCUGAUGUCUACAAGAUCUCAAGACUUUGAAGAAGCUGUAUCCUCGCGUCUGAGUGGCUCCGUACUUUUCUGUAACUUAACAGAAUUACAAGAUGUAUGAUGUGUUAUAAGUUACUGACCCCCAAAUUUUGAUAAGUCUACAAGAUCUCAGGACUUUGAAGAAGCUCUAUCCUUGUUAAUUUCGAAUGUAAAAAUUAGAGCAUAACAGCAAGCAGAGAAUGAAAUGAGCAGAUUAGUCCUAAGAAAUUAGCGUUCGGGUACCUCAAAUGAUAUAUAAAACUGACCAUCAGAAAACAGUAAUCACAAUUUCUAUUAGGUGCACAGAAAACACAAAUGCUUGUUCUGAGCAAAGCUGAUGGACGUGUAUAUGUAUUCAUUCAAACACGUAAAGAA